UGUAAAAUUAAUUAUUAUUUUAAUGUAAUACUGCAGUGCUUCAUCUAACAUUCAUGAGCGCUAUUUGUGCGAUUAAAGCGCAUCCACACAUCAGUAACAGAAAAGACAGAGUGUCCAAACACAUAGAAAAAAGCUCCUACUGAAGCAACUGAGAUCCAGGUGACACUACUAUAUAAUACACUAUUAUAAAGAUGUCGCUUAUUAAAGAGGAGAGUGAAGACAUGAUGACUGAAGUCAAACAUGAAGAUACUGAGGAACAAACAAAGAUGGCGUUCAUUAAGGAGGAGUUCGAAGACGUGAAGAUUGAAGAAGUAUUCAGUCUGAAACGAGAAGAUACUGAGGAACAAACAGACCUGAUGCCACUGAAAGAGGAGAGUCAAGAUCUCAAUGAUAUGGAAGAAGAAUAUCAAUAUGAGAAACCUCAUCAGUUCAUGACUGCAGAAAAAGAUUUUAGCGACUCAAAGAUUGAAAAGACGUCCUCAAAAACCAAAGGAACUAGAAACAUUAAAGGUCACAUGAAUGUUCAAACUGGAGAGAGCCCUUUCACUUGCCAACAGUGUGGAAGAAGAUUCAGUCACAAAAAAACCCUUAACAGGCACAUGAAAAUUCACACCGGAGUGAAGCCUUUCACCUGCCAACCGUGUGGAAGAUGUUUCAGUGACGAACAAACCCUUAACAGGCACAUGAAAAUUCACACCGGAGUUAAGCUUUUCACCUGCCAACAGUGUGGAAGAAGUUUCAGUCACAAAAAAACUCUUAACAGGCACAUGAAAAUUCACACCGGAGUGAAGCCUUUCGCCUGCCAACAGUGUGAAAAGAGUUUCUCUGACAGAAGAAACCUUGAUGCCCACAUGAGUGUUCACACUGGAGAGAGACCUUUGACCUGCUCUCAGUGUGGAAAGAGUUUUAUACAGAAAAAACACCUUAAUGUCCACAUGAGUAUUCACACUGGACAGUGCCUGGACACCUGCAAACUGUAGAAGGAGUUUCUCACAAAAAGGUCAUCUUAAGACUCACGAGAACUCGCACUGGAGAAAAGCUGUUCACAUGCGAUCAGUGUGGAAAGAGUUUUACUCACAAAAAACCUUACUGUCCACAUGCAAUAUCAUACUGUCAGAUUUAAAGAAAACCUUAACUUUUACAUUAGGAUUCACACAAGAGUGAACGAUUUUAUAUGUCAUCAGAGUGAAAGGAGUUGCAAAGACAGCAAAUGCCUUAAGAAUCAUGUAAAAACUCACGCUGGAGAGAAGCCUUUCAUGUGCGAUCACUGUGGAAAGACUUGCGCAAACAAAGCAAAUCUUGAGAAUCACAUAAGAGUUCACACUGGAGAGAAGCCUUACAAGUGUCUUCAGUGUGAGAAGACUUUCAUGUAUCAUUCAGGCCUGAAACAUCAUUUACAGACUUACGCACACCGCAAGCUUGAGCUUCACGUCAGCGUCACUGCAGCUGCAGACUCCUGAGAGUAUUCAC